AUGUUCUGAGCCCAAUGGUACAGUCCGGGAAGUCAGUCACAUCAUCACUUCCGGGUGCAGGGGAAACACGUGUGGUGACCUGUUGGAGUGGGGCAUCGUGUGGGACCUGCCAAGCCUGAUUGCUGAAGAGUAGACCUGUAGGCAUGGCUCAGAAGAAGAAGAAAGGGCACCGGGCACGGAAACCGGCUAAAGACCAAGAGGGAGAGGGCAGCGACACCGGGGAGUUUGAUGUCACCACUGGGGUCCCCGAACAGGAUGAAGUGCGCCUCCCAUCGUUCCCCACCGCAGAUGGUGGUUCGGAUACAGAAUUGGACACUAGACAACUGGUCCGAGCACAGAACAAAAAGAAAAAAAAGUCAGGAGGGUUUCAAUCAAUGGGUCUUAGUUAUCCUGUGUUUAAGGGUGUGAUGAAGAAAGGUUACAAGGUUCCAACACCAAUUCAAAGAAAGGUAGUACCUGUCAUUCUGGAUGGCAAGGAUGUGGUAGCUAUGGCACGAACUGGCAGUGGUAAAACUGCUUGUUUCCUCAUCCCGAUGUUUGAGAAGCUGAAGGCUCACGUUGCACAAACUGGAGUCCGUGGACUUAUUUUAUCACCUACCAGAGAACUUGCCCUGCAGACUCUGAAGUUCACCAAAGAGCUUGGAAAAUUUACUGGUUUGAAGACUGCUCUUAUUUUGGGUGGGGACAAGAUGGAAGAUCAGUUUGCUGCUCUACAUGAAAACCCUGAUAUAAUCAUUGCUACCCCUGGCCGUCUGAUGCACGUGUCAGUAGAGAUGAAUCUGAAGUUGCGCAGUGUUGAGUAUGUGGUCUUUGAUGAGGCAGACAGACUUUUUGAAAUGGGGUUUGCUGAGCAACUGCAGGAGAUCAUUGCCCGUCUUCCUGAAACUCGCCAAACCUUGCUUUUCUCAGCCACUCUUCCCAAGAUGCUGCUAGAAUUUGCCCGUGCAGGUCUUACCGAACCUGUACUAAUCCGUCUAGAUGUUGACACAAAGCUAAGUGAUCAGUUAAAGUUGGCAUUUUUUCAUGUGAGGGCUGAAGAUAAACCUGCUGUACUUCUACAUCUUUUGCGCUGCAUUGUGAAACCUCAGGAACAAACGGUUGUCUUUGUGGCCACCAAACAUCAUGCUGAGUAUCUCAAAGAGAUGCUGGACAUGCAAGGUGUCCCAUGUUCCCAUAUAUACAGUGCUCUUGAUCAGACUGCCAGAAAGAUAAACCUGGGUUUGUUUCUGCAUGGAAAAGUUCGUGCUUUAUUGGUCACAGAUGUAGCAGCUCGUGGUAUUGAUAUACCUAUGCUUGACAAUGUCAUCAAUUAUAACUUCCCUCCGAAAGCCAAACUUUUUCUGCAUCGCGUAGGUCGUGUGGCUAGAGCCGGUCGGAGUGGCACAGCUUAUUCCCUGGUUGCUCAUGAUGAAACUCCUUAUGUGUAUGAUCUCCACCUCUUCCUAGGUAGACCCCUGAAACUGGCAGGUGGCCCACAUGCUGAUUCAGAUCAUGAAGCAGAUGGUGUUCUGGGACGAGUCCCACAAAGUUUGAUAGAUGAUGAAGAUGCUCUGCUGAUCACAGAUCACGAGAGGUCUUUAGAGCUUCAGAACCUGCAUCAAACCUCUGAGAAUGCUUACAAACAAUACAGCAAAUCCAGACCAGCCCCAGCUCCAGAGUCUGUAAAACGUGUCAAAGAGGCCAAUUACAUUCAGUUGGGAGUACACCCCUUGUUCUGGUCUCGUCUUGGUGGGGAAGAAAUUCAGAGACUAAAGUUUGUGGACAGCAUUAAAUCUUAUAAAUCAAAAGCGACAAUCUUUGAGAUAAAUGCCACUAGUAAGACACCUGCCAGUGAAGUAAUGCGUGCCAAGAGAAAUCAAGAUUACAAGGUCAUCUCUAAAUUCCAGCGUUUGCAAGAAGAGAAAGCAAAUAGUACAGCACAGUCCCAAGCCCGUGUUAAACCUGAUCUACUAGCCAGCCAAGACUAUACUGAAGAAAAUUUGGAGGGAGUCUUCUCGCAAGUAGUUGGAAAGAGGAAGCGGACAGAUAAAACUGACACUGAAAGCGACAGGAAGAGAGAGAAAGCAGGACCUACUCAGGAUACCGAAUAUUACAUCCCAUACAGACCGAAGGACUUUGAGAGUGAAAAAGGACUGUGUGUUGGAGGCAACAGCUUUGAGCAGGCAGCAGCAGGGGCAGUGCUGGAUCUGCUUGGGGACCAGACUGAGGAUCUCAACAAAAACAAGACUGUCCUGAAGUGGGAUCGUAAGAAAAAGAAGUUUGUGGGAGGCGGAGGACAUGAUGAUAAAAAGAAAGUAAGGACAGAGAGUGGAAGACUUAUCAGCAGCUCUUAUAAGACAAACAAAUAUGAGGACUGGAAGAAAAAGUACAAGAUUGAUGACCAGGACUCUGAGGAAGAAGAAGGGAUACAGACAGGAAGAACACAAAGGAAGGGAAGAGGUGGACGUGGUGGCUCUCGAAGUAUGCCCCGUACAGAGGAAUCGGGCCCCCGUGGCAAGAUCCGCACUGAGCUGCGCACCAAGCAGCAGAUUCUCAAGCAGAGAAGAAUACAGGAUAAGCAGCGUUUCUUACAAAGUGGUGGAAUGAAAAAGCUGAAAAAUAAAACCAAGCAGAGAGUACAGGAAAUGAGGAAAACUGCUUUUGGCAGAGGGAAGAGCAAUGGAUUUAAGAAAGGAAAGAUGAGGAAAAGAUCUUGACACUUCCAAGCAGGUAGAGGAGCACUUGCAGGGUAAUUUAAAACACCACAUGGCUCAUCUGGUAUAAAUGUACUUGCUGUGCAAAGGAACACUAAAUUGGUCUGUAUUGGACAGGCAUUUAAUGGGUUCCUGAUUCAAGGCUUGAACAGUUUCAACUUUGCUCAAAUAGACAGAAGCUUGGCAAAUUUGGUAAGAAGAUGUAUUUUAUCUUUUGCAUAAAAGCAGUCUUCAUUCUUUUGUGUCCACCGAGCGAAGGAGGCCAAACACCCAGGACUGCAUUGCAGAUACUUCUACAUCUGGACAACAUAAGAACACAUGGCUAUUGCAAAUUGUUUUUGAACCUUAUUAAAUACAUUGGCUACAUUUUUA